CUAAAUCCUAAUCCGCGGCGAAGAAUGAAGAUUUUUUUGCCUAUAUUUUGCAUUACGAUCAAACCGAUGCUAGUCUGUGGCAAUGAACUUUUUCUCGACCGUUUCGCUUCAGGUUGCUUCCAAUUUUAAGACACACCUCAAGCCCGAUUCGAAAGGGAUACGGGUUUUUAGUUUUCCAAGUUCUGGUAAUAAAGCGGCGGCUUGUUGGCCGUUGCAUGUUUACCUAGUUUAGUUCACCAGUAUCAGCAUUGAUUGUGACGUCAAACGGAAGCAAUUCGCCAAACGCCACGCGCGAGUUUGCAGCUAGAAGGGGCCCAGGGGGGAAAGGUGGCACGUAGUAGACCAGAAACGGCAGGCAGCAUAUGGCAUUGUUCCGUGUUCUACACAAUGAACAAAAUGGAGAACGAUCAGAGAAAGAACAAAACAAUCGAGCGAGAUUAUAUUAAAAUGUGGGGGAAAAGUGAAACAAAACUAAAAUCGGUUCAAAAACAAGCGUUAAACGUUGAACAAACAACACAAAAACCACCAGCAAUUGAUUUGAUAUGUAAGAAACAAUUGAUGUAGCAUUGAAAAGGGUAACGAAAUCGGGUAACCGAUUGUACGGCAGGAUGGCUCAUAAUGGCUUUGAGCGAGUACCGUUGGUAGAGAUCGAAACUUUUAAAGGAUUUAGUGUAGCAGCCGAGGCCUCAGUCUCUCUGGUGAUGAAAACGGCCGGGGCGCAAGCUGGUUGCAAGAGACAUUACAAAUGCGUUUUAACAACAAAAAACAACCCAAUUAGAAUAACUCCCCCUAGGCAUUAGCUUGUAGGUUACAGUAAUCGUAGUUUAAAAUUGGGAUAAUUAAGAACCGUAAAGAGAAAGCGCAGGAGAGAGAGAGAGCAAACAAGAGUAAUUUAUUGAUAUACAUAUAGAUAUAUACACCGUAUAUAUACAAAAGUACUACAUUAAACAUUGUAAAUAUAGGCUAUAGGAAAAUGUGCUGGAAACAUACUUUCUGGCUUGUAAAGAUGAAAGCACCGCGGCUUGAACAAAAAGCAGACUUCGGGCAAGGGCACUCCUCUUCCCGAUAUGCCGGUGGUGUGAUCCUGCGACACGUGGGACCCAUGCACCGGAAUGGUAGAGAAUGAACGACAACAAACUACUACUGAAGCUUGCAGGAAAGAAGAGCAGGAGAGUAAUAAAACGAAAAAAUA